ACAAACGCUGCAGGGAACACACAUGGAUGUAUAAAGGAGUGAGACGUGAUCGCACACACCCCGAUGAAGAAGUUGGGACUUGUCAGCGAGGAAGCAAUUACUUAUUCGUGCCUGGGAUUUGGGUUGGCUGGCAUCGUGCUGAUUGUGGAAGAGUUCUCCGAUGGCUGAUCAAUCCACUGUGGACCUGAGAGACAUUGAGAUCAAGCUGGGGCGCAAGGUGCCGGAGAGCCUGGCCAGAUCCCUGAGAGAGGAGCACGGGGACUGGAAGAAGGAUGGCUUCUCCGGGCACGAUGUCCCUGUCAGCUUCCCCCAGUCCAGCACCCUGGAGAGGCUGGGGAGUAAGAUACAGCUUCUCAGACAGGACAUGGUCUAUCUGCGAGCUACUGAUGUUAAACUGAUGAGACAGCUGCUGAUUAUCAAUGAAAGCAUAGAAUCUAUCAAGUGGAUGAUGGAGGAGAAGGAUAUCAUUACCAGCCAGGGAAGCAGCUUGAGCGGGAGUCUUUGCAGUCUAUUGGAAAGCCGAGACACUUCAUUACAUGGAAGUUAUACCAGUUUGCAUGGUUACAGUGAUGGCAUGGAUGAGAUCUCAGUGGGAAGCUACUUGGAUACUCUAGCUGAUAUUGUUCCAGGACAUUGUACUCCAGAUUUUGAUCAGUACAGUGAUACACAAGAGAACCAUGAAGACUACCAACCACUGCGUAAUGAUUCCACGGAACAGCUUGAUGAGUAUUAUUGCAUCAGAUAGAGCAGGAAUAAAGAACAAUCCACAGUGGAUGCAUGGGGCAUUUUGUAAACUGUAAUUCCACUCAAUAGUAGUCUGAACUGU